AUGAUUUCUCUCAGCCAAGAUCCUGCAAAUAAAAUAUUUUCUCAAGAUCUUUCAGCAAAAAUAUCUGCAAUUUGAAGAAGAGCUAAUGACACAGAAACAGAGAAAGAUUUCAGAAAAACUUGCUCAUGAUAUGAAAGCCAGAGCUCUCCUCCUAAUCCUUCACUAAAAAAAGCUUAUCAAGAAUACCUUGCUCCACCUCCUGUAAUUGGAAUAAAUAUUAAUAAAUUUUCUAUUUUUGUGAAGGUUAAUCCCCUUUAAAUUGGAAAAAAAUUGUUUUUUUAUAAAUAAAUAUGAAAAUUUUAUAUUGGUGAAAAUAUUUUUUUAUAAAUAUAUUUUAAUAUAAAAAGCACAAGUAGAAUAUUAUUAAAGUAGCUUUAAUACUAAAUCGGCUUACUUUUAAAUUAAUUUUUCAUAAAAUAAUUAAAAAAUCUAAAUAUUGCGUUAUGUCUUUAAAUUUUAGAAUUUUAUUUUCAAAGACAAAUAACCCCUUUAAUUUGACAGUAUUUUUGGUCCAAUUUAAAGGCAACAAUUAGUGCUUAUCAUCAAAUCACUUCUAUUUACAAUAUUAGAAAUGAUACCAGCAGAACUUAUUUGUGCAUUUACGACUCAGAAAGUGAAAGAAAAAGCACAAAAUCACUGGAUUCAUCAAAAUCAUUAGACCACGGUAGCUGCAUUGCUCUGCUUCCAAAUGGAAAAUUAUUCUGUUUUGAUAGGCAUCAUCCGCAUUCAGGGAUCACUUUUAUAAUUGAUAAAAAUUAUAAAGCUAAAAGAUUACAAUCUGGAACAAUAUAAAAUUUUUAAUUUAUUUUUUUUAAUUCGAGUUUUUUAAUUUUUUUAAUAAAUAAAAACUAUCUGUAGCACCUUGCUGCUUAUCAUCAGCUAUUUAUUUCGGCAAAAAUGCUUAUUGCUUUGGAGGAUUAUUUAUUGUUCAUGUGCUGAUCAGAUUUACCUAA